CUCGUGGGAACUGGCACCGCCGUCGCAGCCGCUGCUGCUGGACUAGUCUUCGGUCAACCACCCGACUCCGAUAUCCCUAGCCCGGCCUCGGUCAAGAAGAAACUCGCGUCGGACUACUUUGACAGCUUGCGAGCACAGCCUUCCUCGUCUCGCCCUGGUACAAGCUCGAUCGUCCCCAAUUCUUCGCCGUUAGAGGAGUUUCCCUACAGCUCCUUCCGACACCUCGCCAGUGUGCCCUCCGGACCCCCCGUCUCUUACCCCCCCAUCACAACACGGCAGCGACCUCUGAGCAUUCAAGCUUCAGUUCAAAAUGGCUCGAGUAGAAGGCACUCGUUUAUACGUCAGGGCGAUGUUGCCUCACGGCCAAUCGCCGAGAGCAAUCGCGACUCGGUUUCUUCGAGGGAUUCUUGGUACAAGAGACUAUCAAUUAGGCCGCCAUCCCAGCAUGGAAGCCCAAGAUCAAGCAUGGCCCCUGAAUCCCCGUCUCUAUCGUACUCUCAAGCCUCUGGCGUACCGAUUCUCGGACCCGAGUCGCCCGCUUCGCAGACCCCCACUAAUAAGUUGGUGAAGAGGGCAACUUCUGGACAAAAAGGCGCAUCCGAAACCACAUUGUCGAAACGGGGCUCGAGGUCACAGAUGCUGACUCUGCGGAGGCCUGCAACGAGCCAUCAACGGACAGCGACGCUGCAGCAGUUUCAAAACCAGGGCGGUUUUUCUGGGCCUCUCCAGCCCGAGGUGAAGUACUCGUUCGACCAUCCGACUCUACCCCGAAACUUGGUUGUAGGACCGGAGGUGGACGUACCCGAAAGGCGGUCUUCUGGGACAUGGACUUCGCUUUUCCACACCCAGCCCGCAAAGUUACAGGGUCGAGGAAGCGCUGGGCUCCCCGCCGCAAGCAGCCCUAACAGCUCCACCUUACCCCGAAAGAGGGUGAUAAUGCAACUAGGCAGCGCAUCUCGCGCUUACCUGACUAAGGUGCAAUGGAUGACAGGCAUUUCAAUCCCGACAGAAGACACCGAGGAGCCGUUGGACAGGUCGGAGCGGUCGGGGCAGAGGGAGGGCUCUCAAGAAGCAAGCGACCCGUCCUCGUCGACCGAUUCGACACCGUCUAGGCGGGCACGAAGAUCGAUUUCAAUGCAUUUUGGCUCACCCGGUAGUUGGAUCUCAAAAACGGGAAGCCUUCGCCGCUCGAGGCGGGGGAUCACAGUUGAUGCGAAAAGUACAGGUGGAAGGAAUGCGUCAGCCCCAGCAGGUGCCGCCCAGAACCCAAGUCAGCCUGCGGUCAAACCGAGUCUGGCAGAAAUUUUCACGCCGCCCGAUGCGCAACCGCAAAUAGAAUCCGAAGCUAGGCCACCUACUUACCUGCAAGCGCGCAAAAGGAACUCAUCCUCGCCAUUACCACCCCUCUCUCGCCUUUCGAGCUUUAAUAUAGACGUGGCCCGACUUGGCCUUGGGAGUUCCUCUUCCGCAGCACCCUCCCGACAACUUCAGCCGCCACUGAACUAUAUGUCGACCUCACAAACCUUCUCAGGCUUCCCUCACAGUCGAGGCCCGUCAGGAGAGCGAACCUAUACGCUGGCAAGCUCUGAUGCCGAGGUCCGAGAUGGGGUGUCCGGCGACGACGAGGACACUGAUUUUAGGAGCGACGGAGUAUUUGACUCGUUCCGUACCGUGGCUUCUUCGAGUCGGGUGCGGGCGGUUGAGACUCCGUUGGAAUCCAUGUUUGAUGACUCGCCACCGAGUACCGCAAGUAACAGCAAGACAAAGAGGUUGUCAAUACAGGAGAUACUGGGUCGCUCAUGGGACGGGGAGACAAAAAUCACAGAGGAGGACGAGAGUCUUCCAACACCAAUUCGAACCGCCCAUCUUGCCGAUCCAAUCGAGUUUGGACGCCCAGGACAGGAUGAUAACGGCCUUGGAUUUGAUGCAUCGCCGGCCCUGUCGCUUGCGAACCGAGACUUUGGACGCUUAUCAAUUGACGACGACGACGACGACGAUUGGGCGCGAGAUGACGAAGACACCCUCAGUAACCACCUCUCGCCACCUUCCAGCGCCUCCAACUCCAGGCGUGUUAGCCCCACGUUCCGCCACGUCGUUGUCGGUGUUAACAGGAGGAACGAGAGCCCCGACCUUCACCGAGACCUCGUAGGUGAUCGACCUCGGAGUAAUAUCUUUGAUUGGUGCGAGCCGUCGACCCACGACAAGUUCGACACAGGGGGCCAUUCACCUCGCCCUAAAACAGUGCACGGGAAGCAGGAGCUGGACAUGAGGGGUGGCCGUUCUGUCAGUCGGAAGGGGCCCAGCGCAGCUCACGUCCGGAGCCAGAGUGUACCUGUAGUACCCGAUCCCACGGACGGCUCGAAGCCUCAACCAAAGUUUGGAACUUGGGGAUUGGGAACGAAGACGGCGAGUGAGGACUGGGACGACGAUUUUGACUUUGACGAACCCACCCCCGACGCUACAGGAGGCAAGGACUCGGCUACAAGUUUUUCCAUGAUCGUGCCGGCUUCCAUUCAAGCUACCCAGCCGACCGUCAAGGCACAUUCGGGCCAGAUCCGCGAGCUAUCGCUACUUGUGAACGACUUGAAGAGGCUCUGCCGGCACGGGAGAGAUCUCGGCAUCUUGGUUGGCCCGCUGAGUUUGAAAUGGAAAGAGGCGGAGAACAUAAUCGCUCUCGCGUCGCCGGAUGAAGAUGGUGCUGAGGAUAUGGAACCAGCCGAUCCAGCGGUAGACUUCGACCGCUCAAGGAUCGACGAGCGUUUCAUGGAAGAGGGUUUCGAUGGUCCUAUUCUCGACAAUUUCGACGAUCCAUUUGAGUCCCCGGAACCGGAGAUGAGCAAAACAACGGUGGUGCGAGAACGGCAAGUGACCCGUCGCCGGUCCGUGUUCUCUCCCGACGACGAUAUUUUCGGAACCAACUGGCCGCUAACGGACGAGGGUGCGAGGCCGGCGCGUCCGCAUACACCCAAUACGUCGAUGAACCCCAACCGGAAUUCGGCCGUCAUCGCCACUGUAAUCGAGGCCAUGCAGCAGCAGCAGCGUUCCAUCUCUGACCCAGUCAAGAGUGUGUCUCCAAGCAAGCCUUGGGAUUCGAAGCUUUUCUUCGACACCAACAGCCUGCAGGAGCUAGUUAAGCGGGCCGGGCAGCUUAGGGACUCGCUUUCCGAUGCGGUGCGCCGGGUAGAGCUCAUCACGCAGAGUCCGGCUGGCACACCGAGGCGCGAGCGGCACUCGCGUCAUAAUCACGACGGAAGCCCGGCUUUCACACGAGUCUUUACGGACCCUCCCUCGAGCCCACCGAGACGACUGCCUAAGAGCCAUAGUACCAACUCGGUCCUGAGCAAAACCUCUGUCGAUUCACCGAGGAUGCAGAUGAUGACGGUCGGCUAA